AUGUCUUCAUCUACCACCUUUCAGGUUAUUGAGCAUACGGUGCCGUGUCAACAUAUUCGAGAGUAUCCGGCAGCCACCAAAAGGACACAAGAUGAUGUUCUUCAUCUGGCUGUUAAACAGUACAUUCCCACAAGCGACCCUAGGCCGCUUCCUAGGGCUGUGACAACUCUAAUCGCUCCAGGAGGUGGAUUUGCGAAGGUCCGUUGCAAUAGGGACGGGCUCGGUAUUCAUAAUAUUUGGGCGGCAGAUCCUGCGCAUCAGGAUCAAGGCAGCAUAGUAAAUCAAGAGCUUCUUGUGAGCCACUUUAAUCACUGCCGAGAUCUUCUCCAAUUAAUCAAUGCCAAACGCGAUGAAAUGCCACACCCUAUAGUUGCUAUUAUACAUAGUGCUGGAAGUUUUGCACUGGUUAACCUUUGUCUCAUCCAUCCACAACUGUUCCAGGCUAUAGUUCUCAUCGAACCACCCAUCACACGUCCAGUGACUCGGCUGAGAAACAAGAAGCUGUACAAUCACAGUACACUGCUGCGUCCUCAUCUACAGUUCUCUCCAUCCCAAAAGACAGCAGCCGAAUCCUUUCGUCGAAAAGCCUUCUUUCAGACCUGGGACCCACAUAUCUUCGAGCGGGUGGUAAAAUAUGGCUUGCGGAAUGACCUAACAAGAUCACCCCUGCAUGAGAAUAAUAACCAGUCUAGUAGGCCAACUCCUGUAACACUUUCUACUCCGCUGGCCCAGGAGCUUGCCUCGUUUAGACAACCAUACCAUGACCUCCCUGCUCCUGAUGCAGGCCCCGACCAUCCUAGAAAUCGCCUAACCCACCCAGAUCUGGAUCCUGAACUCUUGACAUCAAUACCCUUUUACCGCCCAGAAAUAACAGCACUUGUACUAUAUAUCUUUGGUAGUAAGUCCCAUAUAAGUCUCCCGGAGUUAAGAAGCGAUAAACUUCAGGUUACGGGUAUUACCACGGGAGGCAGUGGCGGAGCUGCUGCUGGCCGUGUACGUGAAGCUGUCAUGAAAGAGUAUUCACACCAGGUUCCGUUCGAAGCCGUCAAUGAAUACGCGGAUAAGGUUGCACGUUGGUUAGCUGGCGAAUCAAGGCGUUGGUGUAGGGAGGAAAAGGCAUUGCACGAAAGAUGGGGAAAAUUUCCCGCUGUAGAUAAUACUACAGUCAAGAAGCGGUGGAAGGCGCACUUUCCAAAGGCGCAUCGGAUGAAAUCAAGACUUUGA